CCUGUGCCCAUGUGGCCUCCACAUCCUGCCGGCUCGUCUGUCAACCUCGACACCGCUCGCCACCUCUCCACGCCAUAACCACACACACACUCGUUACACCAAACGUCACCGGCGGCUCACCACCACAACCACCACCGCCCACAAUGAACCCCUCCUGGGACAGUGCCGAGCUCGAGCGCCUGCUUCUCGCCAAUACGCUGUCCCCGCCGCGCUGUGCCCUCGCCUCCUGCGCGUCCACGGCCGGCCUCCUGCGCUGCUCCGGCUGCAAGGUCGUCCACUACUGCUCCUCCCACCACCAGGCCGCCCACCGCAGGCUCCACAAGGACGACUGCAACAAGAUCAAGAACUCGCGGGCCAAGCUCGCCGCAGAGGAGCAGGCCCUCCGUGCCAGGCCCCCCGACCUCUUCCUCCCCGCCGAUGUCUUCACCUCGAGCGUUGGCCACUUCUGGGGCAUCCUCGACACCCGCGACUACAUGCGUGCCCGCCACGCCGCCCUCGACGCCCUCCUCCGCAUCGACACCGGCGACGCCGUCGAGGCCGCCCUCGCCCACGGCCUCGACAUGCUCCGCCUCUGCCGCAGCGACAACCUCGGCGUCCGUGACAUCAUCCCCUCCCUCCUCCUCCGCCUCGGCCGCGAGCAGGAGUGCUACGACUUCAUCAAGUGGUGGGCCCUCGUCUUUGCCGACGACCUCUACGACUGGGGCGACAUGAGCCUCCCCUACCUCGACGUCCACAAUGCCGAUCCCUUCGAGUCCGUCACCCCGCUCCUCCAGGGCCAUAUGAGCCUCUCCCAUGCCUCCGCCCUCACCCUCCUCAAGGUCCGCAUGUACAUCGACAUCUCCGAGUACGAGCACGACGAGGGCUUCCCCGCAGACCCCUCCCUCGACCGCCAGAUCGGCGAGGUCGUCUCCGCCCGCGUCUCCAGGCACGACUACGCCCAGGUCGUCAGCAUCUCGGCCAGGCUCAAGGACCAGUUCACCCAGCUGUGCAAAGGUGUCCAGGACAAGAACCCUUACUUCUGGGAGACCCUCAUCAAUGACGUCGACAUCAGGCUGCCCGAGUACUACUCCCAGGGCUCUCCCGAGGACGCCGCUCUUGCGUGCAUCCAUGGCAAGCGGGCCUGGGAGGAGUCCGAGGACGCCAUCCGCAUGGUCGAGGCCGAGGUCGCAAAGUACACCCGGCAGUAUGCCCCAAAGCCGGUGCCCAAGUCCAUCCUCACCAUGCCGGCACACAUCGCCGAGAAGCGCCGUGCCACGGGCGCCGUGUUCCCGGCUUUGUUCCGCUUCCCUCUUGCCACCCCACAGCAGCUCUUCAAGUCCAUGAGCAUCAACGCCAGCGGCCUGCACCGGUUCGUCUGCCGCAACGACGCCACCCAGGCCCUGGUCUAUGUCGAUGGUGCCUGUGCGAACAAUGGCCAGCAGAAUGCCACUGGCGGUUGGGCUGUGGUCCAGAGCCCUGGCCUCUGCAGGCCGGAUGCACAACCAGACGUCAUCUCCGCCAGGCUCGAGGACAAGGGCCCCUUUGACGUCUGCGGCGUCGCGACCAGCAACAGGGCUGAGCUGCGUGCCGCCAUCGCGGCGCUGCGGGAGUGCAACUGGGUCGAGGAGGGCUUCCGCAGUCUCGUCAUUGCCACAGACUCGACCUACGUCGUCGACGGAGCCACCCGGUGGUGCAAGACGUGGAUGAGCAACGGCUGGAAACUGCAGACGGGCGACACGGUCAAGAACCAGGACCUCUGGGACCUCCUGCUCGGCCAGGUCGAAGCCGCUCACGAGUCCGGGCUCGCUGUCGUGUUUUGGAAGAUUGCCCGCGAGCUCAACACGGUGGCUGAUGCAGCCGCCAAGGCUGCGAGUGCUCUGCCGCAGUCCAUCCCCGAGUUCCGCGACACCAUCUCGGCGGUCCCCGUCGAGCGGCCCAAAGUUCUCGCUCUGAUUCUCGAGAGCGAGCAGCUCUUCAACGACAUCCACGCGAACCUCAUCUCCAGCAUUGGAGCACUGACGACCCUGGAGCGAGUGUCUGAUCCCCAAGCCGCCCUGGACGAGCUGGCCCGCGCCCCUCUGUCGACGGUGAUCCUGGCUGCCGAUGGCGCCAUCACACACCACCAGGCCGUCCGCGAGAAGGUCCUGGACCGUCUGCAUGCCGGCGCCACGGUGAUCCUGGCCGGACAGUUUAGCAACUUUGUUAACGACGGGCAGUUCGACCGGCUCAUGAGCAGCCUCGGUCUUCCCUGGAAGCGGGGUGACUACUCGCGCACCAACCUGAGACUGUGGCGCAGUGCAGUGGGCAACGCUGCGCUGAGCGACAAGCUGCCGCCAAUGUACAGCGCCAAGGCCGUGUACCUCAAGAACGUGGCGCCUUCUGGAGUGUGGUACACGAGCGAGUACGACUCGAGCCAGACGGCAGUCGCGCUCGCGAGGGUUGGCCAGGGCCGGCUCGGGUACCUGGGCGACGUGAAUGGCGAGACGCACUCGAACCAGGUGGUGCUGGGGCUCUGUGGGCUUCUGUAAAUUUUGUGGCUUUCUGUUUUUGUUCCCAGCGGGGCGUUUGCACGGUUUUCACGAGGGAGUUGUUUCUCUUCCUCUCCUUCUCUUUCUCCUUCUUGUUGUAAUGGCACGUGUGCCUUUUGCCCCAAAAAGCGCGGAGUUUUG